UACAGGUAACCAAACCAUCCCUACGAAACAGAGUAAAAGGGUAAAAGUUGACAUAAAAAAAACAGAGUAGCUCUGCUUUUUCCCCUAUGGCGUCGCUCAAGCACCUCAAUCCAGCAACAGCACUACUGCUGGCGAUCGUCUUGGCCCUGGCGGUGGUUCAGACCCAGGUGUCGGUGGCUCAGGCGCAGGCAUGUCCAGUCCAGCUCAGCAACCUCAACGUCUGCGCGCCGUUCGUCAUGCCCGGCGCCGCCGCUCCCAGCUCCGAGUGUUGCUCGGCGCUCCAGUCCGUCCAGCAUGAUUGCCUCUGCAGCACCGUCCAGAUCACUGCUCGCCUUCCUUCCCUCUGCAACCUCCCUCCCGUUGGCUGCUCCACUGUCUAAUUAAGUGGUACAAGCUACAUUGUAAAACCAAUGUUCCGCCUAAUUAGCUGGAGGACCAGUCCAUGGUUCACUGAUUUUUACUAAUGAAACGUGGUUUUGACUUGAUUACUGAUCAUUAGCUUUGGUUUGCAGAUGUAGUGCGGGAGAAGAUGGCACGAACCCGAUCGGUGGCCGUCCACAGAAUAAUGUCCCCCCAGGAUUACAACUUCUUCUUGUUUUCGUCUCUGUUUUUCUUUUCUUAAAGAACGAUCGGCUUGUAUCCCGAUCUGCAACCAAGCACAAGGAAUUGGUUUACGAGAAAUAAAAAAAGAAGCGGAAGUGCAGAAUAAUGAGGGGAUUUUUGU